AUGGGAGGUCAGGCGCUGACGCUGCCGACGGAGACGGCGGAGAUCGACAGCCAGGUGAGCGUAACCCACCUAACGAAAGCAUACGCGGAGGCGAUGGAGAACAAGCAGGCUGAGCUGGCGGAGAUGAUCACAGGCCGGAUCAGCGAGAAAGUGAGCCCCACCGGCGAGAUCAACGACCGGCUGUUGUACUACGCAUUCCAGCCGCUGGACAAACAAACAGAGUACCUGAAACAAGAGUCCGGCAAGAACUUCGACAGAGCAAUGGAAGCCUUCUACCGGAUUUUCCCUUACGGAAUGGUGGCGCAUUUUGCGGCGAAUUCGGCGAUCCUCGAAACGACGUCGCAGGAUACCGACGUGCUCCACAUAAUCGACUUCGACAUAGGGGAAGGCGUCCAGUGGCCGUCGCUCAUUCUCGCGCUCGCCCAGCAGCAGAGAGAAAUCCCCCAGAUCUCGUCUCAGGGCUUCUACGACGCCGUGUUGCAGCCGCAGCAUAGGACGGCGACGACGACGGUGAGGCUGACGGCGAUCAACUGGAAGAGCGAGGAAUUCGGGCACGUGAAUUCGAGGCGGAGAUUCGAAGGCACGAAGAGGCAACUUCAGGACUACGCUAACUCGUUCGGCGUGAUAUUGAAAGUGGAUGAGAUGGAGAUCCAGGAUGUGGAGAGGGAAGUUCGGAGAAGCUUGAAAAGAGGCGGGAAGAGGUGCUUGGCUUUCAAUUGCAUGUGGGGGCUGCCACACAUGGGCCGGCGGCGGAGUAAAAGCAGAGUGAUGGAGUUCUUACGGCUGGCGAAAGAAAUGUCGGCCCUCUCUGCCUACAACAAGACAGGGUCCAAUGGCGACUGCGCUGGUUGGAAGAUGAAUUCGAACGACGAUUCGGGUGGAUUCAGUGCCUUCUUCGACGGGUACAUGGAUCACUACAGGGCGAUGCUGGAAUCGAUGGAGUGGAGCUUUCCGAUCCGAUUGGGGGAAGCGAGAUUGGCGAUGGAGUAUCUGUUCGUUGCGCCGUACAUUCACUCCUCGGAGUGGGAAUUGAGCUGGAGCGAGAUGAUGAGCGAAGGGCGAGAGUUGGCGCGCGGGUUAGGGUUUCAGGGGAUGAGAAUCGUGGGAGAGUGUCUGGCGGAAGCGAGGGAGUUGGUGAGGGAAGGGGAGAGUCAGUAUGGGUUGCGAAUUGAAGGGGAGAAUCAGAAUGAGAUGGUUCUGGAAUGGAGAGGAACACCAUUGCUCAAAGUUUCGGCCUGGAGAUGA